AGCAGACACACCUAGAGCGCUGAAGUGCCUGAGAAAAACCCCAAACAAACCCAUGUUCCUCCGGCGCCAGCACCUUCUCCUCCCUCCUCAACACUAGCUGUGAUUUAAAGUUGAUUUAAGGACUGGACCAGUCGGAGUUUCCGGAGGUUUUGCUGCCUCGUGUGCGGAGCGUUAUGGCUGAGCCGGACUACAUCGAUGGCGACUGUGAUGAGCUUGUCAAGCCCAAAAAACUCAUCAACCCAGUGAUGACCUCCAGAAACCACCAAGACCUCCAUCGAGAACUUCUAAUGAAUCAAAAGAGGGGUCUGGCUCCACAGAACAAACCAGAGCUGCAGAAGGUGAUGGAGAAGAGGAAGAGAGACCAAGUGUUAAAAACUCAAAUGGCAGAACAAGAGGCUCUCAAGAAGCCCUCAGACUUUGAGAUCGAGCUCAUGAAGAGACAACAGAAACUUGAACAGCUGGAACUAGAGCAGCAGAAGAUGGAGGAGGAGCAGGAGAACACACCUGAAUUUGUCAAAAUGAAAAGCAAUCUAAGAAGAACCAAACAGGAGGUGGAUGAGCAGGAGAGAACCACCUAGACGCCUUUUCAUUGCUUGUGGAUGAGUCCAUGGCACAUGACAUGGCAACUGGACUGCAUUUUGUGGGAAUUUCCUAGUGUUUUUUUCUCCCUGUGUUCAUGUGAAAUAAGUGACCACGUAUGUUCCUUUUGCCUGUUUGUAGGCACGACCAGUAUUUGCUUAACCACUUCUCCCUGAACAUGUGCAGCAGACGAGUAGGUUGAAAGAACAAAUGUGCACACAAACAUGCAGCCGUCACUUCACUGAGGCUGAACUUGCAUGGCAAGAUUUACAGAACCUACCCAGAGUUUUUGCAAUAGUUUUUUUUUUUUUCUUUCUUACUAUUAUUUUUGAAAAAAAACACUCAAAAGAAUUUUUACAUUUAUUUUUUUAUUUUUACAAGUUUAAAAUGGGACACUGGAUGGCUUUGGUAAGCCAAAAUAAAUAUCUCUGUUCAGUUUUGCCUUUGAAUUGUGAGAAAUUCUCACGAGGCAUUCCGUUGAUCAAACAAAAAGAGAAAAAAAUAUGUUAAAGAAAAAAAUCAAUAUUAAUUACUAUCAGUAUGUUCAUUGUUUCAGCGUUUGUGUGUGAUGUACAGAGCUUGCUUUUGUUAUUUUAUUCCCAAUAUUUGUGCACUCUCUCAAUUAAGCAAUACUAGAUCUAGUUUUGUUGGUUUUAUGUAUACAUUUUUCAUGAACGUGAAUAGCAGUUUUUGAGUGCAGUAAGCUAGAGUAAGAAAAGCAUUUGUUUGCUAGUUCAGUAUUGUUUCCUAAUUUACAUGCAUUUGAGCCAAUAAUCAACUGGUCAUGUUUCCUUUAUAUUUGAAAACCAUCUUUUAAUAAAUGUUAUU